AUGUUGUCCAUCCUGAGAAAAGCACGUCUCAAAGACAAGGAGAUGCGAAUCCUGAUGUUAGGUCUAGAUAAUGCUGGAAAGACUACAAUUGUCAAGAAGAUCAUGGGCGAAGACGUUAAUACAGUAAGCCCGACAUUGGGCUUCAUCAUCAAGACUAUAGACUACGACGGGAUAGGGGACGUGGGCGGGCAAAAGACCCUACGCUCGUACUGGCGGAAUUACUUUGAAAAGACAGAUGCGUUGAUCUGGGUCGUCGAUGCCACAGACCGACUGAGGAUCGAGGACUGUAGAGAGGAGCUCCACGGCUUGCUGCAAGAAGAGCGAUUGUCUGGAGCAAGUUUGCUGGUGUUUGCCAACAAGACCGACGUCAACGGAUGCAUGGACGAGCAGGAAAUUCUUCAAGGCCUGCAAUUGGAGGCCAUCAGAACACAUCGCUGGCACGUCCUGCGGUGCAGUGCCAUGACAGGCAGCAACCUCAAGGAAGGCCUUGCUUGGGUGGUGGACGACGCAAAGAAGAGGCUGUUCCUGUACUAG